AUGGGGAAAACCACAGAUGACCGACCAGCGUACCUGACCUCUGAUGAUGCCAAAUACUCGCUCGGGCUGCAUCGGGGCCCCAUGCUGGCCAAAGAGCUCAAUGAGAGCUCCGCACUAGAGCAGGUCGAGUCGGCCCGUGGAAUCUCCCUAGAAACUCAGGAACGCACGAGGAAGGGAAAACUGGCGCGUCAUUGGAAGCGAUUCUGGUGCAUUUAUCUCUUUGCCAACAUCAUCUUCCUGGCAAUUUUCCUGCCUAUCUUCUUCUUAGUAGUCAUUCCCGCAAUCUCUCAGUUGGUCGUCGACAAGAGUGACCUAGUACUGGUAAGAGCGGCGGUAAUGCAGCCGCAGCCGAGCUCAAUACGAUUGACCCUUCAGUCGGCCUUAGACCUGAAGAUCGCCCUGCCGGUGCGCAUCGAGCCAAUCGAGUUGGAUCUGUUCGUGCGUGACCGCGGUGUCUCCAGUCCAUGGGGUGAGGCCACCAUCCCUGGCAUGACCAUCAAGGGCAAUACUACUCUAGGCGUGUCCGACACCCAUACCCCGCUUCAAAAUCUAUCCACCUGGGUGAACUAUGUGCAAAGUGUGGUCUUCCAAAAGGAAUCUACAUUGUCGAUUAAGGGUGCCACCAAUUCGUACCUCGGUGUACUUAAGUCUAAGGUCACCAUGGACAAAGACGUCACAUCCCCUGCACUGAACCAAUUCACUGGGUUCAGUAUCUCCGACAGCGGCCUCGUCGCUCGACGGUCAGAUGGCACCAACCUGGUCGGCAAUGCGACUCUCCCAAAUCCUUCCGUGCUGACGCUAGAGGUCGGUACCAUCGUUCUUGAUGUGAAAAGCGGCGACCUUGUGAUUGGUAAUGCCACUCUCACGGACGUCACUCUGGUUCCUGGCAGCAACACAUUCCCUUUGACGGGAAUCCUGGAUUUCGGGACAAUCUUCUCACACCUAGAAGAAGUGCUCUCCUCGCAGGCCAGUCUGCUCAAGACUGGAAACCUGACCCUCGACACGGUCACCAGAUCGGUAACGUGGAACAGCACGCGGGUUCCCUAUUACACCGAAGUGAUGAGUCAGUUGACUCUAACUGCCAACGUGCCUAUCGCUGGUCUCCUGAAGAACUCAGUCCACAAUCUAAUUGGAAGUAGCGAGGAGAUUUCCUCUCUCCUUCGUUCAUCUUCACAUAGCAGCAGCAUCAGUUCUAUCUCAAGCCUGCUGAACAACACGGGCAGUAACAACACUAGCAGCCUCAAGAGUGAAGGUUCGGAGCUAGCUUCGAAGAUAAAGAGCCAUGUAGCAGUGCGUGACCUUUUGCGCGAUGCACAUCCUGUCAAGCGCGAUAUGAUCAUCGAAACAGUGGCAGAGAUAUACGCAAAGCUAUAG